AUGUGGAAUAUUGUGAAUAUGGACUCAACUACUGAACAUUGGGAUCCAGCACUCACUCGUCUCCUUGCAUCAUUGAAAGAAGUACAAUCAGGUGGAGAAGAUGUUGCAUUCCUAAGUGAACUGCUGCAGUCGAAACAACUCCAUGCCCUUGUUCAAGUACAUAAUAAAAUUGUGGCCAAAGGCAAAGAUGAUAAGUUCUACCCUCUCUUGUCUAAUGCCAUGCAAGUAACUUUAGAAGUAUUUGAGCUCCUCCACGAUGUAGUAUCUGUUUCAAAGGAAUAUAGAGAACUACUUAACUUAUUGCAGAAACCACAUUUCCAAGCAAUACUUUGCACUCAUGAUGCCGUUGCUCAAAAAGAUUACUACCCACAUCUCCCUGAUGUUCCACCUGAACUAGAUGAUGAAGAAGAAACUGUAAAAAUUGUUCAAUUAGUCAAGAGUGACGAACCUUUGGGUGGAGCACAGAGUGCAGAACCAAUAGUGGGAGCCACGAUUAAGACAGAUGAAGAAACCGGGAAAAUCGUGAUAGCACGAGUAAUGCAUGGCGGAGCCGCCGACAGAUCUGGGUUGAUCCACGCUGGCGAUGAAGUUAUCGAAGUCAACGGCAUCAGCGUGGAAAACAAAACACCUGCUGAUGUGUUAUCGAUACUGCAAAGUUCUGAAGGCACAAUCACCUUUAAAUUAGUGCCUUCAUUUGGCAAAGGAGGUUCAAGGGAAAGUAAAGUGAGAGUUCGCGCUCUCUUCGAUUACAACUCUUCAGAAGACCCUUACAUACCCUGCAAGGAGGCUGGUCUUGACUUCAAGAAAGGAGAUGUUCUACACAUCGUGUCUCAAGAUGAUGCAUACUGGUGGCAAGCUCGAAGGGAAGGUGAUAGAGUAAUGAGAGCAGGUUUGAUACCGUCAAGAGCUCUACAAGAAGGUCGCAUUAUUCAUGAAAGACAAACAGACCCACAGACAUUGGACGGCAAGCCGGCCCUUUGCAGUGUCUCCAAUUCAAACUCGGACUGUGCUCCAAAAACUCCAUGUUCACCUACGCCGUCGGCCACCGCUCUCCUCCCCUGCAAGUCUACACCUAAAGUGAAAAAGGUUAUAUAUGACAUUACAGAAAAUGAUGAUUUUGACCGUGAAAUGAUACCGACAUACGAGGAGGUGGCGCGGUUAUACCCGCGCCCGGGGAUGGUCAGACCCAUUGUGUUGGUAGGUGCGCCGGGUGUUGGUAGGAAUGAGUUGCGCAGGAGACUUAUUGCUACCGAUCCUGAGAAAUAUGUGACACCUAUACCAUUCACUUCCCGUGUUCAAAAAUCGAGCGAACAGAAUGGUAAAGAUUACAUGUUCGUCAGUCGUGACAAAAUGGAACAGGAUAUAGCGGAUGGAAAAUUUAUCGAGCACGGUGAAUAUAAGGGUAAUUUAUACGGAACGACAACGGAGAGCGUUGAGACCAUCAUAAAUUCGGGUCGCGUGUGCGUGUUAAGUCCUCACUGGCAAGCUCUAAAGAUGCUCCGUACCCCUCGACUACGGCCUUAUAUCGUGUUCAUCAGACCACCUACGCAUGAGCGCCUAAUCGAGACGCGGACAGCAGCUAAUGCACGUUCCACCUUCGACAAGGAAUGCUCCCGUGCUUUCACUGAAGAAGAGUUCUCAGACAUCGCGCGGUCGUCCAACCGCAUCAACUUCCUGUACGGCUACAUGUUCGACGAGGAGAUCGUGAACGAGGACCUGGCCAGUGCUCUCUCGCAACUUCUCAAGACAGCCUGGCGGGUGCAGUCCGAGCCGCUGUGGGUGCCUGCCUCCUGGGUCCAGUAA